CUAAGCGAUUGAAGUAGGGGCACAUGGACCGGCCCGGGUUGACAAUUUAAAUACUUGCUCUAUACUGCACCCGGCUAGAGUUUAAAAACUUGGACUCUAGUUGCGAUUAAUUUGUGGUGUAGUUUCGUGCGAGUCAAAGUAUUAACGUCAUGCCAUUUAACCUUUACAAGAAAUUGAACCUAGGUGAAUUGAAACCCACUAGGUUAAGUGUCACAUUUGUUGAACGUUUGGUGAUUAGUCCUAGGCUUAUUGUGGAAGAUGUUCUAGUGAGGGUGGGCGCAUUUUAUUAUCCGACGGAUUUCAUCAUCCUUGACAUCAGUGAAGAUGCGGAUAUGCCCCUCAUACUAGAACGUCCUUUCCUUGCCACCACCAAUGAUUUAAUCGAUGUUAAUGAGGGUACUUUGAUCUUGAGAGAUGGAGAGGAGCAAAUUAUUUUUUUCGGUUGACCCUAAGAGUGAGAAGAAUGAUAUUAAGGAAGUGGAAUCGAAUGGUAUGUUUGGAAGUGGAGGGGAGCCACUCAAGGCAAACCCCACUAGUGCUCUUACUCCUUGUGAUGAUGUGAAACAAGGACCUAAGGUGGGUACCAAACCCGAAGGGAGGAAGAAGAAAGUGUGGCGUGCAAAUAUGAGCCACGCCUUUACCCAAAAGAAGAGCAAGGGUAAGGCGAAAGUGCCCGACCAAGAAGGCCAUCCUUUGGAGCGUAAGAUGGGAGGUGACAAGCCUUGCCCUGAGACCGUGUCAGAUCCACUCUCGGAGGCCUCGUGCUUCCAAAAAUGAAAGAUCCGCAACGUCGAGCUGGUGGCGUUAAACUAGAGCUUGUUGGGAGGCAAUCCAACGUAGGUUUAUUUUCUUUUCUUAUUUUCUCUUUUUGUGAUUAAGUGAUGAGUUCAAGUGGUUGCAUAGUGAUCACCGUGCCAGAGCUGUGUGACUGAAUGUGUUGGAUAUGUUUUGAUUGAGUUAGGGCCACGGUUGAUUAGAUCGAGUCUUGAAAAUUUAGGAAAUGCUUUGUUUUUCUCUAAUUCACGGUUUUAGCUCUAUUAUCGCGAUCGUCAGACCGUGAUCUCGAGGGGCAGUCCCAGUUUUUCAAAAUGCAUCAUUUUUUUCCUGAGAUCACGGUUGUAGAGUUAUUUUCACGGUCUUAGUGAUCGUAAAAAUCUACCCCCGUUCGUGAACCCUUCCUCUUCACUUCAUGCCUCAUCUCUGCCGGAAUUCUCUGAAACACCGCCGAAAAACACGACAAACCUCUGUUUUCCAUCGAUUUCAGCGACUUCCGGCCACCCAAACCAAAAUCCAAAACUACACCUAAUAUCCCCACGUCCGGACGCCCCUUUGCCAAAGUUUUGGAGCGAUUUGGCUCGAAUUUUUUCCGGCGUGGCGAUUUCCGAUGAGCUUUGGGCGAGCUUCAGGUGAAGCUCCAUCAAGCCUCUACGGCCAGUUUUUCGACUGUUUUUUUACUCCCUCGCCCUCUCCUCACCUUCCCCUUCGAUCCUACUUGAGUCUCCAGGUGUGUUUUGAACUUGUACUUUGUUAAUUUUGGAGAAUCGGAUUAGGGUUCUUAGGUGAGGGGAUUUUGUGAUUUAAUGCAUGAAUGUUGCAAUUGGGCGAGGGGUUAGUCAACCUAUGCAGAUAUUAGUGCUAUACAGAUAGCAAUUAAUCUAGUACUGCAUGAUCGGACAAAACACAUAGAGGUACAUGUUCACUAUAUUCGCCAAUUGAUAGCCGAAGGGUCAAUCCAGCUCAGCUAUUUGAAUACAGAGGAAAAAACUGCAGAUUUGUUGACAAAGGUUGUUGCCUCAAGUAGACACUUGUACCUAGAUUCCAAAUUGAUGUUAAGAACCCAACAUCAAUUUGAGGGAGGGUGUUGAAUAUAUAUAAUUUAGGUACCAUUAUGUAAAUAUGUAGUUAGGAUUAAUCUUGUAGAACCCUAUAUAUAGUUGCUCGGUUGUACAUGGCAAGGUUAACGAAUAAGAAAAGACAAAACCUAAGAGGGAGAUCCUUCCCGUGGACUAGUGUCACAUUGAUGAUACCACGUUAAAAAACAUUGUGUGUUAUUUCGUUGAUUGUGCUAGAUUAUUUGACAGAAUCAGCCAACGGGGAAGGUGGUUACAACUUACAAUUGGAAAUAUUGAAAAUUGAAAGGAAAUAGGAAACUAGAAAACAAGGGAAUCCAAUCCUCUAUAAAAAUUGGAAAGCAAGUGAACGUGGAAUUAUUAUCCCCGAACGACUCACAUUGGAGGCUGAAGUGGGAGUGGUGCAAUUCGUAGACGAUUCAAAAUCUCUUUCAAACUUGUGAGUUCUUCCCUCUUCGGAGUACUUGUUCACCACGAGACCAAUCGUCUCUUCGACGGUGGAGCCCAGUUUCACCAUCGUUCUCACCGGACCUGGGUCCCCCUUCCACUGUCACAUUCAACACUACCUUCGCGUGUCUCGAGUACACCUGAUGUGGGUUUAAAUGAAGGGAAGAAGAUUGUGGUUGAAAGCGUUGAAGAUCGGGAGCAGGGGGCAUGGAGUGGACAGUCAUGAGGGUCGCCGGAGUGGGAUGGGGAACCGGGAAAAGAUGAGGAAUGAAUUUUGUUUCCCAAU